AACACCAGGAUUGAUUGUGAUAGUUGUCUUUGCAUAACACCUCUGGGACAUUUAAUCUUAAAUGUUGACAAGGAGACUUAUCAGGCACUUGGAUUAGAGGGAAAAGUCUCACACUUUCACUCAAAAGUUAAGAGCAGAUACAACGAUGCCGAGAUACCGUACUGUACCGUCUCUCCAGACGCUCAGUCUGAAGGCAAUCGGCUCUCUAAUUGAGUCGCUGCAUCCGAUCGUGAUUUACAAUAUAGCCGUGCAUUCGGACUCGCAGCGGAUGAUCGGUGACUUGCAACGCCAACUGGACUUUAUAUCCAGGCACUUGGUCUCGCACGUUCCCUUCUAUCUCUGGGAUAAAAUGGCUGUUGAUGUGUUGGAGGCGGUCACCAAAAUUGUCGAGGGUACGAGGAAAAGAUACAGACAGACGGCGCCGAUCUCUCAUUUCCUGACUGAAAUGACAAUCGUGCUGAGCAUGGCUGAGGUUGUGAUGACUCCUCUGUUGAAACACAUCGACUUUUCCAUGUGGCCAAAGAUGAUGCGUUAUAUUUUGUUUAAGAAUCUCAACAAGGCACAUAAUUUAGAGCACCUGAACCUGGGGUCGUGCACUGGGGCUUGGCGGAGCAGCGAGAAUGAUCGUCUGUUAAUCACGAGCAUAUCACACAUGAGAAACUUGAAGUUCUUGUGCUUGUGCUUUGAUUGCACUGACACCAUCAUUCAGGCUGUCAGCGAGAACUGUCCGAACAUCCAGAGCUUGGAUGUGACUUCCUCUAAAUCGGUGACGGACCGGAGCAUUCAAUCUCUGUCCGCCUGCCAACAACUAACGGAACUACUAAUUUUACAAACUUCGAUAAGCAUUCAAGGCUUGGCCGAGAUAAUUACCAAUUUACCGCAGUUACAAAACAUAGGAAAGUGUGAUGAUUUUAGCAAAUUAUUGACAUAUUUCCGCGAAACGGGUUUCGUGGCCCAAUUGCCUUUAAAAAAGGUACACACGAAAGAUAUGUGUAACGCAAAUAUGCAUACCCUAGUCAAUACUUUCCCAAAUCUGGAGUCCUUCUCGUUGUUCCUCAACGACGAAGAAAUCGUAGAUUUGCGAAUCUUAAUUGCCUUGAACAACCUGAGGGAGCUGAAAAUUCUCUCAGGGGCAUUUUAUGCUCACUUUUUGGGUGAUACUCUCGAAGCUCGAGGCUCUAUUUUGGAAAUUCUCUAUUUGGAACAAAUGGAGGAGAUGGAUAUAAAUGUUGUGAUAAUUAUUAGUCGGUGCUGUCCAAACUUAAAGCAAUUGGUUGUCUAUAACUGUGAUUUCAGGGAUUCGAACACGAAUGCUCUCCAAUACAAAAAAUUUAAAAUACCUCCUUUCGUAAGCCUAGAAAAACUGACGUGGAUCGUGGACGGGGGCUUGAACAUACUCGAGUUCCUGCUGAUGAACGCCUUUAAUCUUAAGUCGUUGUAUCUCGGCUCCUCCACCGGCAUCAACCAUGCCUCGGUGGUCAAUAUCUGGCACACUAACCCGUUCCGCCAUCUCGAGGAACUCAAGAUCUUGUACAGCAACGACAUGAACAUGAGGACGGUCCAGUUGAUUUUGGCCAGCUGCCCCAAUUUAAAGUCCUUGUCUGUGCUGGAGGGGUGGCAAGGCAUACAGACCGCCGAGCUGCAAGACUUCAGAAACCACAUUACUUCGGUCAACCUCGAUCUGGAUCUGCGACCCACCCUGUCUCUUUGAGUUGCGCAUAUAAUACUCAUGACGGCAUUAUUUUAGUCUCUUUGUGUAAUGUACUAUUUAAUUAUGUGUUAGUCUGAAUAUAUUCUAUUUAUAUUUAAACAGUGUAUUUUAUACUUUUGGAUCACACAAAUAAAUUAUUUUAUGGCA